AUGUACGCGUUUGUUAAAUGUGCCAUCGUCCUUUGCGUGGCUUUGCCAGCGCUUGGGUUUCCCAUGACGGUGAAUGAUGUCGUUUUUCACUUGUUCACAAGGGCAAACCCAACUACAAGCGAGCCGCUUCUGGCGUCUAUAGCGUCAAUAUCCCAGUCACGUCAUUUCUCCAACAGCCGUAGAACAAUCUUCGCAAUACACAGCUAUGGAGAAAACGUUUCUGGAAACUUCAUAGCUUUCGUAGCUCCAGCCCUUCUUGCCGCUGAGGAUGUUAACGUCGUCGCAGUAGACUGGCGCUCUGGUUCGUUCGGAUACGUCGCUGGCCUCGCAAAUGUUCCCCAACUUGGUACCAUUGUCGCUAGCUUUGCUAAUAUACUUUUUACCUCCUUUGGAUAUAACUCCAACAAUGUCCGCAUCGUUGGUGUCGGCCUUGGAGCUCACGCUGCUGGUGUUGCUGCUAGAAAGAUGAAUGCGAACAUUCCUCAUAUUUUUGCCCUAGACCCAUCACUAGUAGGUUGGACUGAAAAUCCGGAUAAGUUAAGUACCCGUGAUGCCAACUUCGUGGAGGUGCUACACACCACCGCUGGAAGAUACGGUUAUGAUCGGCCUCUGGGUCAUUUAGAUUUCUACGCAAAUGGCGGCGUCACCCAGCCUAUGUGUGGUGAUCUUCCCUCAUGUUCUCACGCCUAUUCCUACGUAUACUACGCGGAGUCUAUCGCUGCUGAAGCAGGCGCUGGUGCUAGAUUCGUCGGCACUCAAUGUGCUUCUUAUGAACAAGCUAACUUACUUCAAUGUACUGGCACUGGCAAUGCUACUUUCGGGGGAAUAGCCGCCAAAACUUCAGUUUCUGGGAUUUACACAUUCAUGACAAAUUUGCGGCCUCCUUUCGCGCAAGGGUAA